AUGGUAAUCAAAGAUCUUUUACACCAUAUGCAACAAGCCAAUCGUUUACAUGAACUUUGUAAUCAAGUGGGUGAUUUAGAAAUGGAUAUUUUCGCCGCUGUCAAUUCAUUUAAAGAUUUAUUCCAUGACUCUAAAGGUUCCUCAAUAUUAAUUGUAGAUUCAGAAUUACAAAGUAAAUUUAUGGAUGCAACUAGAAAAAUUGGUGCACUCACUCAAAAUCUAUUUGAAAGUGUACGUCUUCAAGGUGGUCAAUGUCAAGAUGAUGAUCGUAAGAGAUUUGCAAAAAAUUUAGCUUCAUAUAAAGGUGGUUGCUCAUCAACUUUGGUCGGUGCUGCGACAUUGGCUCAAAGAGAACGUGUUGAAAAAGGUAGAACUAGUAAUGGUGGUCCAAUGUAUAGAAAAUAUCCAACUUGGGCUAAAGGUUUAAUCUCUGCUGCUAAAGUUGUCACUUCCUCUACCUCUCAACUUUUAUCGCUUGUAAAUCUUAUAUUAAUAGUCUAUCACAACAUAAACUUACAAAUGCUGCAAAGAGUGUAUAAAAUGCUACAAACUUAUGCUGCAAAGGUUGCUUCAGAAGAAGAAAUUGAUUUCGAUGAAUUAUCUGCAACAGGUUUUAAAGUUAAAUAA